UAACAGCGCCAUUCGGCCGAUUUUUCUGGCAAAGCAACGGCAGACAUCUUGGGUAAGCGUUUAAAGCACUAUACAACAACGCUGUCGUCGUUGAAAGGCAAAAUAUCGCAAACCGAUUGCUUUGCCCUUUGCAAAAUUGUUACGGAGCUGGUGAAAAUAUGUAUGUUGAAUUCUUGAUUGUGGUCAGAUAGUUAUGGCAGCAACGAGAAAAUUGCAAGGUGAAAUUGACCGCUGUUUGAAAAAAGUAACAGAAGGUGUUGAAUUAUUUGAGGACAUUUGGCAAAAGGUUCAUAAUGCAGCCAACAGCAAUCAAAAGGAGAAGUAUGAAACUGAUCUCAAGAAGGAGAUCAAGAAGCUUCAACGGCUACGAGACCAGAUCAAAUCCUGGAUCCAGUCUGCUGAGAUCAAAGACAAGAGCCAACUCGUGGAAAACAGAAAGCUCAUUGAAACUCAAAUGGAGAGGUUCAAAAUUGUUGAACGGGAAACAAAGACAAAAGCAUAUUCCAAGGAAGGACUGGGUGCAGCUCAAAAAUUGGAUCCAGCCCAGAAAGAAAGAGAAGACAUUAGCCAGUGGCUUAAUACUUCCAUCGAAAACCUCAAUAUUCAAAUUGACCAAUUUGAAUGUGAGAUUGAAUCUUUGUUAGCAGCCAAGAAGAAAAAGCUAGACAAAGACAAGCAAGAGCGGCUAGACAAGCUUAAGGAAUUUUUGGAAAGGCAUAGGUUUCACAUUCGAAAACUGGAAACCCUGUUAAGAAUGCUGGACAAUUUGACAGUUGAAGUCACCCAGAUAAAGAAAAUCAAGGAUGACAUUGAGUAUUACAUUGAAGCAGCCUCUACGGACCCGGAUUUCGAAGAGAAUACGUAUCUCUAUGAUGAUAUCAACUUCUUGGACGAGUUUGCGGACGUUGUCGGUACAGUUGGAGGUGACGGUAGCCAUGAAGAAGGUAGUCCUUCUUCUCCAGGUACUGCUCCAUCACCUACUUCUUCUCCGGCCAUGAAUCACCAAGGCUCAGGAACCAACACCACUCCAUCUAGUACGGGAACAGGAGCACCAGCAACAACCCCGAGUGAUGCCGAUGAGAGGCAGAAACGGACGCAUCGGUCUUCUACGGACGAUUCGCAUCCACCCAAAACGCCCUCACAGGUCGCACCUGUUAAACCUGCACCCAUCAAAGCGCCGACGAAACCUGUCCUUACCACACCAAUCAAAUCUUCGGCAGCGGCAGUAUCUCAUUCGACACCGAACAACAGCUCACCGAGUUCAGGAUCGACCAUGUCCAACCACAUUUCGACACCUACUACUCCUCAAGUGAACGGUGCUGCAUUAGCUUACAGUGUCGUGACGAGAGAAGACGGUAUUCAGUCUCUGUCGCUCGGCAAUUCCAAUAACAGUUCAGGCCACGCCGAAUCGUCACCCAUCUCGCAGCAACAGUCACCAGCGGUGAUAUCGACGGCGCAGGCUCCUGCGCCCCCUCCACCCCAACAGCAGCAACCGACGGCCGUUCCUGUCGUGGUCCCGUCCAAGUUGAUUUCGUCUGCUUCGGUCGAUUCGACUGGAACAGUGGCAUCGUCAAUUAGCACCGCACCGUCCCCUCUUCCUUCAGCUGCCACACCUCCUUCGAGUUCCGCUGCCGCAUCUUCCCUACCCUUAGUCAACGGCCCCUCGAACAAAUCAGGAGCCGAGUCUAUCUCAUUGCGGGCUAUGGCGCAGCAUGCGGUGGACCAGCAGGUCGUCCAACCAGCCGUUCCAACCAGUGAUUCAACGGCGAACAUUCUUUACUCGGAAAACAACAUCAAUAAUAACAACAAUAACAACAACCCCGGUGUUGUUGGUAGUGGUAGAACAGUAGGAACAACUUCUGGACAGCUCUCUGUGCCCAGCAGUCUAGUUCCGCAGCCGCCCGCGCCCACAGGCGAAGCUCACAUUCCGCCUUUGCUCGGUGUCGCUCCGCUCGGACCUGUGGCGCUCAGUAAAGAACAGCAGAUUCAGCACCAGUCACUGGAAGCCGCAUUUUAUCACAUGCCGCACCCCUCUGACUCUGAACGGUUGCGGCAUUACCUUCCGAGAUCACCCUACAUGACGCCGCCCUACUAUCCACAGUCGGUUCCGUUGGCAUCCGAUUCGCUGGAUUUUUUCCAUCGGCUCUCGACCGAGACUCUCUUUUUCAUCUUUUACUACUUGGAAGGGACUAAAGCCCAAUACCUGGCCGCAAAGGCGUUGAAGAAGCAGUCAUGGAGGUUUCACACCAAAUACAUGAUGUGGUUCCAGAGGCACGAAGAACCUAAAACUAUUACCGAGGAGUAUGAACAGGGCACUUAUAUCUACUUUGACUACGAGAAGUGGGGCCAGAGGAAAAAGGAGGGCUUCACGUUCGAGUACAGAUUUCUCGAAGAUCGAGAUCUCAACUAGCCUAGCCUUCAGACACGCGUUCAUUGACAAAGCUAAAUGCACGAAGGGAUGAAGAAAAACCAGAGGAAAAAUCGGCGACUUGUGAGCGAUAGAAUGGGAUAAAGAAAUUAACAUCGAUGGCUAACGUUCUGAUUGGGUGUGUGUGUGUGUGUUUAAACCGUAUGUAUAUCUCAGUGGAACAAUGGAGCGAAACAAAGUUGCAUUGAAAAAAAAAACGAUGAAAAAUGAAGGCGGACUCAUCUCUCUAAAGUCUAAACACAGUUAAGGAAGCAACAAAGAGGUUUGAUGCAUUGUGAUCCGGAUACUGUUGCGACUUUGCCACCAGGUGACGACUCCAUCUCCCUCCGUAAUAGCCCAGUUUCUUUUCAAUUCCUCCCUACAUAUUUUGUUGGGCCCAAAACUCACGAUAAAAUCAUCAGCGAAAAAAUCCGAGAGCUAAGGACUGUCAACUUACAACCGUUUUUAUUUCGAUUUUUUUUUCUUUACUCAAUUAUUUCUGUGGUGAAGUUUGUUAAAAUUUUUUUUUUCCUGAAUAUCCUUCCGUCGGGCGUGGCUUUGGCCUUUUUUUGCCGGGGGUGGCUGUGCCGGAAUUUCAUUCCGGCAUGCCUGCCUCACCCUCCUCCGAGUCACGUGACGCAACAACAGCAGCAGCAAUGUGAAUUGAUAUAAAAAGGAAAAAAUACAUUGCCUAUUUCUUUGUGUA